CGCCUGGAGGUGGGAUCGAGAGGGAUUUGCCUCCGACGGGGGAGGGAACCAAAGUUUCCCCCAUUUUUUGUUUUUUGAACGAGCCGUGGAAGCAGGGAGGAACGGGGGGAAAGGGUGUAGGAGUUCCCCGAGAAAGUCCGCUCCAAAGUGGAGAGCCGAGUGUCCACUUCCACGGCGAGCUAACGUGACAAAGUAGCUCACUUUACACCUUUUCUUUUGGACAAAAACAGAAGUUGGAAAAAAGAAACCGGUUUUCUCUGCCAAGUGUUCGUGAAUGGUGGAGUCCUCCAGCCGCUGACAGCACCAACCCGUCCCGCAGAAGACGACCUUCCAACUGGCUCUCUCCUCGCAACCCCAGCAGCUCAGAUGGACCUCAGAUAACCUCGCCUGGCCAGUCUUCGUCCCGGUCUUCUUCUGGACCCGAACCAGACCCAGGAUGGCAGAUCCCACCAGCCUGAGCCCUGAGGCGGCGGGGGCCGGCGUGGCCGAGGUGGACGCCUGUAGCUUGGAGUUAGAGAGGAAGUAUGACAUCAUCCCCGCUGUCAUCUGCUCCAUGUGUUGUCUCUUUGGCAUCAUCUACUGCUUCUUUGGUUAUCGCUGUUUCAAGGCGGUCAUGUUCCUGUCGGGUCUGAUGUUUGGCUCGGUCAUCAUCUUCCUGCUGUGCCACAAGGAGCACGUGCUGGACACGCAGCUCAGCGUGGAGGCCAGCGCGGGCAUCGGCCUGGGCAUCGGCCUGCUGUGCGGCCUGGUGACCAUGCUGGUGCGCAGCGUGGGCCUCUUCAUGACGGGCCUCCUGCUGGGGCUCCUGCUGGCUAUGGCCACUCUGCUGCUCACCCAGCAGUUCUACACGCCCGUCACCUUGUGGGUGCCCCUGGGGGCCCUGCUGGGAUCGGGCAUGCUGUUCGCCGUGCUGACCCUGCAGUGGCAGAAGCUCUUCACGGUCGUCUCCACGGCGGUGUUCGGCGCCGCCAUCAUGACAGUUUGCGCCGACUACUUCGUGGAGAUGCUGGCGUUGGCCACGCACGCGUACGAGUGCCUGCGCCUGACUCCUGGGCCGCCUCUCUGCUGGUACAGCUGGGUCAUCCUGGGCAUCUGGCCCGCCCUCAGCCUGGUGGGGGUCCUGGUGCAGUGGAAACUGACGCAAGACAGCUUCUCCCACACGGAGGUUGUGUUGAGUCGGCGCCAGAAGAGAGUGCAGCUGAUGCGCAUUCGCCAGAAGGACGGCAAGAAGCGCCAGCAGGCAGGUGGGCAGGAAGGCACGUACCGCCGUAAAGCCACCCCACUCAAACGUUACGCUGGGGACCUUCUGGCACCGAGCUACCUCCAAAGUCUACGGGACAGACAAAUGAGCACCGGCACUUCCCUUAGCAGCCAGAGCACGUCCAACCAGACCACCGUGGACCUGGACUGUGACAGCGCCUCCACCGUGCCCCUCACCGCCACAAGGCCCGUGGUGCGGGUCUGAGAGCCUCUCUCAAAACCCAGGACAGGGACAAUGGUCUUGGUGAAGAACAUGUGAGCCACUUUUUGCCCUCGUUAGUCCACCUUUCUAGCAGUGUUCUACUCCCUGUCAGGUUUUUACUGGUUGGAGGACCAUUUGGCUUCUUCAGUGAAAAAUGUCCCAAGCAUGCAAAGUUCUUCUCUAGCAGAACUCAGAUUCUAUGAAGGAGUUGUAUAAUUUAUUUGUCAUACAUGGUAGUGAUGAAGACUGUAAAUACAUGAAUGAAAUAUGUCUUUCAUACUUAUCACUGCUUGCUUUGUUUUUGCUGCGUGGACUCCUAGCAACCGGACCUCACUCGGGCAAUAAGCAGGUCACUGCAAGGAUUUCCUAUUCUGGACUUGAAGUUUUGUUCUUCUUGCUCACCCAAGGCAGGACAAAACCUCCUUUCAUGAGCACUCUUUAAUGAGCCAUACUUUUCUCUCUUGUUUUUCUGCUGCUUUGGUUUGAUUGUGCAGAACAUCUAAGAGGUGGUCAGUCUAAACACUCUCUAGCAGACAUAUUUAUCCCAUGGAGCGCACUUUUCUCACACUUUUAGCUCAUUUUCAUCGCAUUUACAGUGAAAUUGUUGACCCUAAAUGUUACCACUCAACUUCAAUGUUAAAUCUACAAAGCCCAAAACCAGAGAAGUUGGCAUGUUGUGUAAAUGGUAAAUAAAAACAGAAUACAAUGAUUUGCAAAUCCUUUUCAACUUAUAUUUAAUUGAAUAGACUGCAAAGACAAGAUAUUUAAUGUUCACUGAGAAACUUUUUUUUUUUUUUUGCAAAUAAUCAUUAACUUAAAAUUUAAUGGCAGCAACACAUUGCAAAAAAGUUGUCACAGGGGUAUUUUUACCACUGUGUUACAUGGCUUUUCCUUCUAACAACACUCGUUUGGGAACUGAGGAGACACAUUUUUGAAGUGGAAUUAUUUCCCAUUCUUCCUUGAUGUUGAUGUUCAACAGUCCGGAGUCCGGGGCCUCCGUUGUGGUAUUUUAGGCUUCAUAAUGCGCCACACAUUUUCAAUGGGAGACAGGUCUGGACUACAGGCAGGCCAGUCUAGUACCCGCACUCUUUUACUAUGAAGCCACGCUGUUGUAACACAUGGCUUGGCAUUGUCUUGCUGAAAUAAGCAGGGGCGUCCAUGGUAACGUUGCUUGGAUGGCAACAUAUGUGAAUCUGUGAAGGCAUUAAUGGUGCCUUCACAGAUGUGUAAGUUACCCAUGCUUUGGGCACUAAUACACCCCCAUACCAUCACAGAUGCUGGCUUUUCAAUUUUGCGCCUAGAACAAUCAGGAUGGUUCUUUUCCUCUUUGGUCCGGAGGACACGAUGUCCACAGUUUCCAAAAACAAUUUGAAAUGUGGACUCGUCAGACCACAGGACACUUUUCCACUUUGUAUCAGUCCAUCUUAGAUGAGCUCGGGCCCAACGAAGCCGGCGGCGUUUCUGGGUGUUGUUGAUAAAUGACUUUCGCUUUGCAUGGUAGAGUUUUAACUUGCACUUACAGAUGUAGCGACCAACUGUAGUUACUGACAGUGGUUUUCUGAAGUGUUCCUGAGCCCAUGUGGUGAUAUGCUUUACACACUGAUGUCGGUUUUUGAUGCAGUACCGCCUGAGGGAUCGAAAGUCACGGGCAUUCAAUGUUGGUUUUCAGCCUUGCCGCUUACGUGCAGUGAUUUCUCCAGAUUCUCUGAACCUUUUGAUGAUAUUACGGACCGUAGAUGGUGAAAUCCCUAAAUUCCUUGCAAUAGCAGGUUGAGAAAUGUUGUUCCUAAACUGUUUAACAAUUUGCUCAGGCAUUUGUUGACAAAGUGGUGACCCUCGCCCCAUCCUUGUUUGUGAAUGACUGAGAAUUUCAUGGAAGCUGCUUUUAUACCCGGGGCGGCAUGGCGUAGUGGGUAGAGCAACCGUGCCAGAAACCUGAGGGUUGCAGGUUCGCUCCCCGCCUCUUACCAUCCAAAAAAAUCGCUGCCGUUGUGUCCUUGGGCGGGACACUUCACCCUUUGCCCCCGGUGCCACUCACACCGGUGAAUUGAAUGAUGAAUGAUAGGUGGUGGUCGGAGGGGCCGUUGGCGCAAAUUGCAGCCACGCUUCCGUCAGUCUACCCCAGGGCAGCUGUGGCUAUGAAAGUAGCUUACCACCACCAGGUGUGAAUGAUUGAUGGGUUCUACAUGUAAAGCGACUUUGGGUACUUAGAAAAGCGCUAUAUAAAUCCCAGUUAUUAUUAUUAUUAUUAUUAUACCCAAUCAUGGCACCCACCUGUUCCCAAUUAGUCUGUUCGCCUGUGGGAUGUUCCAAAUAAGUCUUUGAUGAACAUUCUUCAACUUUCUCAGUGUUUUUUGUCACUUGUGCCAGCUUUUUUGAAACAUGUUGCAGGCAUCAAAUUCCAAAUGAGCUAAUAUUUGCAAAAAAUAACAAAGUUUUCCAGUUUGAACGUUAAAUAUCUUGUCUCUGCAGUCUAUUCAAUUGAAUAUUAGUUGAAAAGGAUUUGCAAAUCAUUGUAUUCUGUUUUUAUUUACCAUUUACACAACGUGACAACUUCACUGCUUUUGGGUUUUAUAAAUCUAAAUCUAAAUGUUAAAGGAGCCAUAUGUAAUAAUUUCAUGUCAAGUCAUCAUUAAAUGGCCCUGAUAUGUCAAAAGGCAUUAAUAAAUCAUGUUCUUUUCCAAUACCUCUAUAACUGAUAACAGUAGUUCAGCCGGGAUAUGCUCAUUUAAAAAUUAGAUUUACAGCCCAGAAAUCUUGUUAUUGUUUUCAUUUCGAUGUCCCGCUCUCCACCGUUUGACCAAUUAGAAAGUCUGUGAGUGUGUCACAUCCAGGUUGCCAGUUAGUUGGUAAAGUUACUAAACAUGUCAGACCUUCGUAAAUCUAAAAGGCCUUAUUACCAUUCUCAACUUAUUCAUGACAAAGCCAGGAACAAAACCAGGAUUUGUAUCGGGGAUGCCUUUGAAAGAUGGAGGAGAUUGAAGGCGGGGGAGACGCCAAACUUGCUCAUUUCCUCCUUGAUAGGUAAGUCAGACAUUUACGUUUUCUUAUUACUUGCAAUAAAAGGAAAUGGACAUUUGGUAUGUAAACUAUAUUGUCCAAUACAGUCUAUGAUCUUGUCUAACAAAGCUAGUAUAUUCCUGCAACCAAUGCUUAGUGUGAUGGUGUGUAACUCCGAGUGUAAUGCAUUGCAUGCUAGCCCGGUCAAUGACACAUGGACAUACAGGCUAACAGGGGAUAUACUGUAUAUGCCAGUUAGCCUGUAUGUCCAUGUGUCAUCCAACUGAUAGGCAUAUAUUUUGGACAAAUAAAAGCUAUGUGGAUAUGGGUAGUGUCACUGCCUAUUUCCUUCUCAAUAUGCUGAUACGCUGAGGAAAUGGGUUCCAACAUUAGCACGGCUGUCAUCAUGGCAAUGUGAAAGGUAUGGAGACAGCCAAAUCACAUGAUGAAAUAAUUCCUCAUUGGUGUUUGCAUAUUGUGGACUACAUGUACCAAGUUAUAUGGCGAUCUGAAAGGUUUGAAACAGUAGUCUAUAGGCAUACCUUGGUAAAUGUCUCCUCUUUAUAACCAUUGCUAGCGUUGGUUGUAGUUGGAUUUAGUCUUUGUUUUCUGAUAGUACUGACAAUAACCAUAUGAUUGCCAUUUGUUGUGAAA